UCUGCAGGGUCGUUGAGGCCUGAAGGCAUCAAAGCGUCCGACGUUCUCCCCGUGCUGAAGGAGAAAGUCGCUUUUGUUUCAGGUGGGCGAGAUAAAAGAGGAGGACCAAUCCUGACAUUUCCUGCCAGGAGUAACCACGACCGAAUAAAACAGGAGGACCUGAGGAGGCUGGUGACCUACCUGUCCACUGUCCCCAGCGAGGAUGUCUGUAAACGUGGUUUCACUGUCAUCAUCGACAUGCGUGGAUCCAAGUGGGAACUCAUCAAGCCGCUCCUGAAGACGCUGCAGGAGUUUUUCCCGGCUGAGAUCUGCGUGGCGCUCAUCAUCAAACCUGACAACUUCUGGCAGAAACAGAAAACCAACUUCGGCAGUGCAAAGUUCUCCUUUGAGACCAGCAUGGUGUCAGUCGAAGGUCUGGCCAAACUGGUGGAUCCCUCACAGCUGACGGACGACUUCGAAGGCUCUCUGGACUACAACCAUGAGGAGUGGAUGGACCUCAGAGUCUCUCUGGAGGAGUUCAUAUCCAACGCUGUUCACCUGCUGUCCAGACUGGAAGACCUGCAGGAGCUUCAGUCCAAGAAGGAUUUUCCUGCAGAUGUGGAGGGAUCCCGUCGAUUGAUCGAGGAGCACACUCAACUCAAGAAGAAGGUGCUGAAGGCUCCGGUGGAGGAGUUGGACCGGGAAGGCCAGAGACUGCUGCAGUGUAUCCGAUCUAGUGACGGCUUUUCAGGGAGGAACUGCAUCUCAGGCUCUGCCGACUUCCAGAGCUUAGUGCCCAAAGUGGCCAGUCUGCUGGAUAAGCUCCAUUCCACACGGCAGAAUCUCCACCAGAUGUGGCACAUCACCAAGCUGAAGCUGGAUCAGUGUUUCCAGCUCCGCCUCUUUGAGCAGGAUGCAGAAAAGAUGUUCGACUGGAUCAUCCACAACAAAGACGUGUUCCUGCAGAGUCACACGGAGAUCGGCAGAGGAUACCAACACGCUGUGGAGCUGCAGACGCAACACAACCACUUCGCCAUGAACUCCAUGAACGCUUACGUAAACAUCAACAGAAUCAUGUCGGUGGCGAGCCGGCUGGCGGAGUCGGGUCACUACGCCUCGACGCAGAUAAAACAGAUCUCGAGUCAGCUGGAUCAGGACUGGAAAAGUUUUGCUGCCGCCCUCGACGAGCGCUCCACCAUCCUCGCCAUGUCGUCUGUCUUUCACCAGAAGUCUGAACAGUUUCUGUCCGAGGUGGAGGCGUGGUGUAAAGUCUGCAGCGAGGGGGGGUUACCGACCGAGAUGCAGGAGCUGGAGAUCGCCAUCCACCGCCACCAGAGUCUGUACGAGCAGGUCACGCAGGCGUACACCGAGGUGAGUCAGGACGGUAAAGCCCUCCUGGACGUCCUCCAGAGGCCACUCAGCCCCGGCAACUCUGAUUCGCUGACAGCCACCGCCAAUUACUCCAAAGCCGUUCACUGCAUCCUGGACGUCGUCCACGAGGUUCUCCACCAUCAGAGACGUCUGGAAAAUAUCUGGCAGCAUCGAAAAGUCCGACUUCACCAGAGACUGCAGCUGUGUGUGUUCCAACAAGAUGUGCAGCAGGUGAUGGACUGGAUCGAGAACCACGGCGAGGCGUUCCUCAGCAAACACACGGGGGUGGGGAAGUCCCUCCACAGAGCCCGAGCCCUGCAGAAGAGACACGACGACUUUGAAGAUGUCGCUCAGAACACUUACACCAAUGCAGACAAACUGUUGGAGGCAGCCGAGCAGCUGGCUCAGACCGGAGAGUGCGACCCAGAGGAAAUCUACAAGGCCGCCAGACACCUGGAGGUUCGAAUCCAGGACUUUGUCCGCCGAGUGGAACACAGGAAGCUGCUGCUUGACAUGUCGGUGUCCUUCCACACGCACACCAAAGAGCUGUGGUCGUGGAUGGAGGAGCUCCAGAAGCAGCUGUUGGACGAGGUGUGCUGUGAUUCGGUGGACUCGGUUCAGAGUCUGAUCCAACAGUUUCAGCAGCAGCAGACGGCCACGCUGGAGGCAACGCUCAAUGUGAUUAAAGAGGGCGAGGAAUUAAUACAGCAGCUCAGAGAUGCAGCCAUGUCGACCAACAAGACGCCACACUGCAGUUCCAUCGCUCACAUCCAGGGGGUGCUGCAGCAGCUGGACGAGGCGCAGGGCCAGAUGGAGGAGCUUUUCCACGAACGUAAAAUCAAACUGGACAUCUUUCUGCAGCUGCGCAUAUUCGAGCAGUACACGAUAGAGGUGACAGCGGAGCUGGACGCCUGGAACGAGGACUUGUCUCGCCAGCUGAGCGACACCAGCCGGUCGGGCAGCAGCAGCGGCAGCGGGGGAGGCGGCUCCUCCACCGGUGGCGCGGAGGACAUUGGCCUGGCGGAGCAGAGGCUGAAAAGACACGCAGAGAGGAAGGCAGCGAUGAACAACAUGACCUACGAAGUGAUGCAGCAGGGCCAAGACCUGCACCAGUACAUCAUGGAGGUCCAGGCUUCAGGGAUCGAGCUGACGGGGGAGAAGGACAUGGACUUGGCCUCUCAGGUUCAGGAGCUGCUGGAGUUCCUCCAUGAGAAGCAGCAGGAGGUGGAGCUCAGCGCGCAGCACACACACACUCGCCUGGAGCAGACGCUGCAGCUGCGCCACCUGCAGGCCGAGGUCAAACAGGUAAAUGCAAAACGCCAACAAGCACCAUGAACUAAAGUGACUUUAAAGAGGAGCAGGUUUUUAUUUUGAGCAGAACUGAAGACAUCAGAACUGUUCGAUGAGGGUGCACGCUCAUUACAGGGUUAAAGAUUUACAUCGUGUUCAUGAGACUGUUUUGGAUAUUUUUGGAGUUAAUUAUAAAAGAAGUCAUAAAUCUAAUCGAACAAUCAUCCAAAGCUUUAUAAAAAAACCUGCAAACAUCAAAUUAGUGGAUUCACCUUUAAAGCGAUCUUAAUGCAUCUACAGAAAAUUUGUUUCAUUCCUCGGAUCGUGGGCCAGAGGAGACCAGAAACCUGAAUCCUUUUAAGGAAAUAAUUUGGUGCUUUAAUGAGCCGAGGUGGAUGAGCUCCUAUUAUUAGAAACAGAAAAUAGCUGAAAAUGAGUCGACUCUGGAGAAAUGAGAAGAACAACACACGGCUGUGAAAGCAGAGAUGUUUAGUGUUUGUUGUGAAGAAGCUUCAGCAGCUGAGAGGAUGCUGUUUGUUAA